AAGUUACUGCAUAAACAAUGGGGAGCACGGGACACUUGUCAAAUGGGAAAUUAAAUUUGAAUUUAUUACGUGAUUAUUAUCGCCGCGAACUUUUAGAAUGUUUAGACAAAUGCUUGGGAUCAAAGGCACUCGUUUGGGAUGAUGCACUCACUGGACCCUUUGGCUUAAUAGCCGAGUACUCACUUUUAAAGGAGCAUGAGGUUGAGAAGAUGUUUCCGUUGUCGGACAAGGGCCUCCCUCCCAGUAAUGUGCAAAAUAUCAUAUUUGUCACCAGGCCUAAGCUCCAACUGAUGGAACAGAUUGCUCAGAAUUUACUGCAAGAAGAACAUAAAGGAGGAUUUAGAAAAGAAUAUCACAUCAUAUUUGUACCAAGGAAGAGCUUGCUUUGUGAGAAAAAACUUAAGGAAAUGGGUGUUUAUGGGACUCUGAAUAACAUAGAAGAAUUUAAUUUGUCAUUGAUUCCAUUUGAUUCUGACCUCAUGUCUAUGGAAAUGGAGGGGGCUUUCAAGGAAUGUUACUUGGAGAAUGACUAUACCACAAUGUUUUACGUUGCCCAGUCUUUGAUGACACUACAGUUCCUGUAUGGAAUUAUUCCUAACAUUAACGGCAAGGGUGACUGUGCAAAGAGUGUGGUGGAUAUGGUGCUGAGGAUGAGACGAGAGCUUGGAGGGAGGGAACCUCAAAUAACCCCCCAAAUAGACAACCUCCUUAUACUGGACAGAAAUGUUGACCUCUUGACCCCACUCCUAUCACAGCUGACAUAUGAUGGAUUGAUUGAUGAAAUAUUUGGAAUCAAUAAUACUAGCGUUAAGUUACCUCCUGAGAAGUUUGCGUCCAGCAGUCAGUCUCCUGAGGAAGCCCCUACUGAGAAGAAAAAGAUCAUUCUGAACUCCUCGGACGAGUUGUAUGGAGAACUCCGAGAUAAAAACUUCAAUGCCGUAGGAAGUUUAGUCAGCAAGAAAGCCAAAACCAUCACAGCAGAGUUUGAUGAGAGACAUGCUGCCAAAACAGUCAGUGAGAUGAAGCACUUUGUUUCCAAACUUCCCCACCUUCAACAGAUCAGACAGUCACUCUCCAUACAUACAUCUAUAGCUGAGCUGAUUAAAGAACAUACAGACACAGAAGAGUUUAUGGAUUCUCUCAGAUGUCAACAAGAGUUUAUAAAUGGACUGGAGACAGACAAGGUACACCCAUAUGUGGAGGAUUGUAUUGGGAAAAUGGAACCUUUAGAUAAGGUUUUGAGGUUGAUAUGCAUCCAAUCCUACUGCAAUAAUGGUUUCAAACCUAAAGUACUGGAUUACUACAAACGAGAAAUUAUACAGACGUAUGGAUUUGAGCACUUUGUUACUCUUAUGAACCUAGAGAAAGUUGGGCUUCUGCGACCACAUGGACAAAGAAAUUAUCCUACUAUCCGUAAAUCUCUGAGACUGAUUGUAGAUGAGGUCAAUGAACAGAACCCUAAUGAUAUUUCCUAUGUGUACAGUGGCUAUGCCCCCUUGUCUAUCAGGCUGGCUCAACACAAUGCCCGUCCAGGUUGGAGGAGCAUCACUGAGGUCCUCAAUCUACUACCUGGCCCCACCAUUGAGGAAAUUCAGCAAAUCCCUGUAGCUCUCAGAAAGAGACGUUCUUCCAUUACUUCAUCACAUUCCAGUAUGAUGGAUCAGAAGGUGACACUUGUCGUCUUUCUCGGAGGGGUAACUUUUGCAGAAAUUGCUGCACUCAGGUUUCUAGCUCAGCAGGAUGAUGGAGGCACGGAUUAUGUGAUAGCCACUACUAAAAUAAUAACUGGUUCUUCACUACUAGAUUCUGUGAUGGAGAAAUAUUCUCCUGUACAUUUCAAUCCAUUCUAACAGUAGUUGUUUGAAAUGGGGCCAAAAGUGCAAUAUUCUAGACUGUUUUGACAAGAUUCAGAAUACAGACUGCAGCAAGAUUACAAAUAGUAAAUUUUUAAUAAAAGUACACAAAUUAUAUGUAUAUUGAAAUUCAUUGUUUGAUUUAUUGUACUGCUUUAUAAUGGGCCCCAGGAGAUGGGGCUUUUAACUACUGGACAAAAUAAAAUAGGGGUCAUGGA